AUGGUUGGCAUAGGCGGCAGUGCAUUAAAUAACGGCGAAGCUUUAUCGGAGCCGGCCAAUGUUGUUGAAUCAGAAAGGUUGCUAAUCAAAACCGAGUCAGAUGCCAAAUUGGGUCAUGAGACGUUUGAGCAACAUGGCUUGCCAGCAGGCACUACCUCCCCUAAGAGACCGAAAGAGCAAUGCCAGUCAAAGAAUGAGGAACAUAAACAAACACAAAAUAGACCACUUACUUCUCACUGGCCUUCCAAUUUACCCGUCAAACCUUUGUGUGACCGAGGCGAUAGUUCUGAGGACUCACAAAGGUCAUUUCAGGAUUCAGAAAUCCCGUAUACUCCAAGUAGAUCAAUGACUUCGGCAUCUUUGAUCUCACCACUUCCCAUUGACAAGCCUACUACCCCAGACGCUCAAAGUGGGUUCACGCUCGGUACCCCCCCUACUCCCUCACCGGAACACUUGUCGCUCCAGAAUAAACAGAAACCGGCUAUUUUUAACCAAGCCCGCCCAAGAUCGUCAAUUCCUUACAGAUUGUCCUCGUCGGCUUAUGCUCAACAGUGUGUGGCUGCAGCCCAUGCCUCACGAUUAAACCCGUACGCUCUUCAUGAAGGUGAACAGGAGAUACUACAAGACCAUCUUUGUCACCUUCAUGUCACAGCGUAUCUCUCUAUUCGAAAUGGUAUUCUUCGAUUAUGGACCCGAAACCCUAUGCUUAGCGUCACAAAAGAAGAGGCACUUGGUUGCGCAAAGGACUGGAGAUGGAUGAAUCUUGCUUCUGUUGCUUAUAACUGGCUUGUACGCGGUGGUUAUAUAAAUUUCGGUUGUGUCGACAUACCAAAGAAUCCCAGUGCUUUAAAAGGAGCCCGUAAAAAAGAGCGACAAACAAUAGUAAUAAUAGGCGCAGGCAUGGCUGGUCUCGGAUGUGCUAGACAGGUGCAGAAUUUGUUUCAAAAUCUGGAUGAGAAUUCGGUUUCACCAAAAGUGAUUGUGCUUGAGGGACGACGGCGAAUUGGUGGCCGUAUUUACUCUCAUCCGCUGAAAUCUCUAAACUCAGAUGUCCUAGAGCCUGGUUUACGAUCCACUGCUGAAAUGGGGGCUCAGAUUGUUGUAGGGUUUGACCACGGGAAUCCUUUAGAUCCCAUUAUCCGUGCGCAGUUAGCCUUACGAUACCAUCUCUUACGAGACAUUUCCACCAUACAUGACUCUGAUGGCCAGCCUGCGGAUGAAUUUCAGGAUGCUAUGGUCGAAAAGCUUUAUUAUGAUAUUCUCAAUCGCUCUGGAACGUAUCGCCACAAAACGAAGAUUAAUAAGACGGCUGAGGGCAAUCGUGAAUUACUAGACUCUGGACGAGAUACUUUCUUAGAUGACGGCGUUACAAUCAAACAGUAUGAAGAUGCGGCAGCCUUUGGGACAAUAGAUAUGCUGCUUCCAGCGCAAAGACUUCGGCGUGGGGUGGGUCAUCGAACGGCGGAUAUCAAACCAGUGGUCUCCCCCCAGCUCGCCAAUAUUGAAAUUACUGAAGAAAUUCCUGCUGCUCUGGCAUACCAGGCCAUGGGGUGGAAGUUGCGCGAUGGUAUCUCCAGUUCCGCUACGAUUUCUUUGGAUGAAAUGGCCAAAGGAUCGGAAACCCCAACACUUGGUGCUAUUAUGGAUGAAGCGAUCCGCCAGUGUCAAGAAUUCCUACCGUUGACCCCAAAAGACAUGAGGCUGCUCAACUGGCACUACGCGAACCUAGAGUACGCCAAUGCUGCCAAUCUCGGGAGUCUUAGCUUAUCAGGUUGGGACCAGGAUAUGGGCAACGAAUUCGAGGGUGAACAUGCGCAGAUUAUCGGAGGAUAUCAACAAGUUCCACAGGGUUUGUGGUCUUACCCUACGAAGCUCGAUGUACGCACCAACAAGAUAGUUUCAAAGAUUUGCUUUAAAGAAAAUGAUGUGCCAAAAGCGAAAGCCAGAAUUCACCUUGCCGAUGGUGAGGUAAUUACGGCAGAUAAAGUCGUUCUCACCGCUCCUCUUGGUGUCUUGAAAAGCAAAUCCAUAUCAUUUUCACCCGCUUUGCCAUCCUGGAAACUAGAUGCUAUCGAUAGAUUAGGAUUUGGUGUUAUGAAUAAGGUGAUAUUAGUGUUUGAAACACCAUUUUGGGACAUCGAAAGGGAUAUGAUUGGGCUCCUACGUGAGCCAACCAUCUCGGGUAGUCUAUCCCAAGCAGAUUAUGCCCCUGGGCGCGGCAAGUUCUACUUAUUCUGGAACUGCAUAAAGAUGAGUGGCCUGCCGAUGCUUAUCGCUCUGAUGGCGGGGGAUUCCGCGCACCAGGCCGAGCAUUCUUCGGAUUCAGAGAUUCUUCGCGAUGUCAUGUCUCAACUUCGAAGUGUCUUUAAAAAUACAGUUGUGACCGAUCCUCUGGAGACAAUCAUUACUCGCUGGGGCCAAGAUAAAUUCUCCCGUGGCAGUUAUUCGUAUGUGGCUGCAGAAGCCUUACCAGGAGAUUACGAUCUCAUGGCGAAGUCCAUUGGAAAUCUGUAUUUUGCUGGAGAAGCAACGUGCGGUACACACCCUGCCACGGUACAUGGUGCAUAUUUAUCUGGAUUACGUGCUGCAAGAGAAGUUUUUGAAUCAAUCGUCGGACCAGUUACAGUCCCCAGCCCUCUUGUACUGCCCAAAGAUGCAGUGCCUUCUGGUGGCCCCACUAUAACGCCCCCUAACGUAUCCUCCCAACCAGCAACAGCUAAUUCUAAGAAACGCAAAGCACCUCCAUCCAAUAUAAAUAACAUCAAAGGGAAAAUGGUGGCAUCUCCUGGUCGACAGGCAAACGUCGCCGAUGUCCUUUACAAAGAAGCUUAUGACAAGGCAAUGUGGGAUGCUAUUGUCCUAGAACUAGGGCCUGCAAAACCAAGGCCGCGAAAACAACCACUAAACCCUUUUCUUCUGUAUCAAAAAGACUACUGGUUUGUCUGCAAGGCACAAUGUGACGAUGCCCACCGUCAGGCGACAGGUAAUUCCGAAGCCAGGGCCCCCCGUGAUGAAAUCCGCCAGUCGUUAGGAAAAAUGUGGCGCGAUGCACCCGAGGAUAUAAAAAAGCCAUACCUUGAGCAAAUCGAUGUAAAUCGCAAAACGAAUGAUGAGGGGCUGUCUAAGUGGAAAGACGAUACUGUGGAGUGGGAACGGCGAACCUACGAGGUCAAAGACCGGUGGUGUGCGACACACCCAUAUGAUGAAUUUGUACAAGCCAUGAAAAUGUGCCUAGCCGAUGAUGGCAGCAGUAAAAACUUCUAG